UAUAUUGGAUAAUAUAUGAAAGAGAGUUAGGAAAAACUAAUUGGAGUGGCCUCCUAGAGGGCGUUGGUGUAGUUCACUUCCCCUGGUGCGCAUGUGUGGUAGUUCUGUCGUCCUCUUUCUGCCGUGGCAUCUGGAGGUGAGUAGCACAAUCUCUACAGAGGUCCGCCAAUCUUGCUGUUAUCUGGUUAUUAAGUGUUCAUCCAUCGAAAGUCGUUCUAGUGACUACCUAAAUCAACUAGCAUCAUGGGCAAGGAGAAGAUUCAUAUCAACAUCGUCGUGAUCGGUCAUGUCGACUCCGGUAAAUCUACGACCACUGGCCAUCUUAUCUACAAAUGCGGGGGUAUCGACAAGAGAACUAUCGAGAAAUUCGAGAAGGAAGCCCAGGAGAUGGGUAAGGGUUCUUUCAAGUAUGCCUGGGUGUUGGACAAGCUGAAGGCCGAACGUGAACGUGGUAUUACUAUUGAUAUUGCUCUGUGGAAAUUCGAAACUAGCAAAUACUAUGUUACUAUCAUUGAUGCCCCUGGUCACAGAGAUUUCAUUAAGAACAUGAUCACUGGCACUUCCCAGGCUGACUGUGCGGUGUUGAUUGUUGCUGCGGGUACUGGUGAGUUUGAAGCCGGUAUUUCCAAGAACGGACAGACCCGUGAACACGCUUUGCUGGCUUUCACACUUGGUGUGAAGCAGUUGAUUGUGGGUGUUAAUAAGAUGGAUUCUACAGAGCCUCCCUACAGCGAGGCUCGUUUUGAGGAAAUCAAGAAGGAAGUUAGCAAUUAUAUUAAGAAGAUUGGUUACAACCCUGCUGCUGUUGCUUUUGUGCCCAUUUCUGGGUGGCAUGGUGACAACAUGUUGGAGCACUCCGACAAAAUGGGAUGGUUUAAGGGUUGGAAUAUUGAACGCAAGGAAGGAAAGGCUGAAGGAAAGACUCUUAUUGAAGCUUUGGAUGCCAUCCUUCCUCCUUCUAGGCCAACUGAGAAGCCCCUUAGGCUUCCUCUUCAGGAUGUAUACAAAAUUGGUGGUAUUGGAACAGUGCCCGUGGGCCGUGUUGAAACUGGUGUUCUGAAGCCAGGUAUGGUGGUGACUUUUGCCCCAGCCAAUCUAACCACUGAAGUGAAGUCUGUGGAGAUGCACCAUGAAGCUCUCCAAGAAGCUGUUCCUGGAGACAACGUUGGUUUCAACGUCAAGAACGUCUCUGUUAAGGAAUUGCGUCGUGGUUAUGUUGCUGGAGAUUCUAAAAACAAUCCUCCUAAGAGUGCUGCUGAUUUCCUUGCUCAGGUCAUUGUUCUUAACCAUCCUGGUCAAAUUUCCAAUGGUUAUACUCCAGUUUUGGAUUGCCACACUGCUCAUAUUGCCUGCAAAUUUGCAGAAAUUAAGGAAAAGUGCGACCGUCGUACUGGCAAGACUACUGAAGAUAAUCCAAAGUCUAUCAAAUCUGGUGAUGCUGCCAUUGUCAACUUGGUUCCCACAAAACCCAUGUGUGUGGAAUCCUUCCAAGAAUUUCCUCCUCUGGGACGGUUUGCUGUGCGUGAUAUGAGGCAAACUGUGGCUGUGGGUGUAAUUAAGAGUGUGACUGCUAAGGAUGUCACUACUGGUAAGGUAACAAAGGCUGCUGAGAAGGCCCAGAAGAAGAAAUAACUAGAUGUGUUUGUUGGUCUGUCUGUGGCGGUAUCAACGCAGCUCUCUGCACCGCCUAUCAUCCAUCUCCGCUUUUUGAAUAUGAGCUGCCUUCUCUUUCUUUCCAAAUGGCUGCUGAAGCAUUGUUUCCAUCGCAAAGAAUUCAGGAGGAAAGGCGGGCUAUUCAGAAUUCUUUUAGCCUGGCCGUGAUUUGUUACUUAAGUGUAUUAAAACAAUUGAAGAAUGUAAGUUACAUACCAUGGAUGGAAGAUUUUUAUUUAAUCUUGAUUUAUGGAGAGAAAGGGACUGUUUUUAAUUUUCAUUCCUUUUUCGUUAUCAGCGUUUUCAGAAGUUAAAGUAUAUGUUCAGUGUAACAGCUUCUGUAAAUAUCUUGAAGGUAUCUGAAUAAAAGGGCCAAUACAGAGGAAUUGUUAAUUAUUUUCCUUGUACCUAAAUCCAUUCAUACAAAGAAAUUUUCUGCAAAAUUAUCAAAUUUUUCCCUGCAUAAAUUUUGAAGAUAAUGUAAAGAGCUUGCACAAAUGUAAGUUAAGAUUGCUCUGAUAGGAUCUUUGUUAGGCUUUUAAGUUUUGGAAUAUUUUUAAAUGGUAACGUACUAGAAACUGAAAUUCUGAAAUUGUAGCAUUUAGAUGUGAAUUUUAAAUCUUAGGUUCAUACUGAAUACAAGGACUUGCUUGUUUUUUCUGAAAUGUAAACGUUUGUGAAAUAUUAAAUAUCCCUGUUUUGACUUGAGGACUUUAUUUUCCACAUGUGUAGCAAAAUACUUAAGUUGUCAAACUGAAGUUUGAUCAGGACUGGUAGGUGCAAUUUUUCCAAUCC